ACUUACAUUUAAGUCCUUGGCUAUUCCAUAUGGGCUGAUGCCCUUGUCCAACUCCUGUCCCCUUAUUGUAGGAUCACUUGCCUCAAAGCUGCUGCCUUUGCCACAGACAACUUAGCUUUCCUUUCUCUUCAUUUCAUUGCCUUGAUUCCAUUUCAAGUCUUUCAAGCAUACAUAUAUUUUUCACUAGCUAAUCUCAAACAUUUCAUUCUUGUACACAUAAGAGAAAAUGGAAAGUGUUAUCACACAUGAAGGUCUGAACCUUAAGGAAACUGAACUAAGGUUGGGAUUACCGGGGAGCGAUAAGCCGGAGAAAGAAACCAUCUACAGCUUGAGAAACAAUAAGAGAGCUGUGCCUGAUUCAGUUGAGGACAGGGAAUCAGUUUCAGAUGCCAAACAUGAAACUGCACCACCUCCCAAGGCACAGGUAGUUGGAUGGCCACCUAUCAGAUCCUACAGGAAAAAUUGCUUCCAACCAAAAAAGGCUGAUUCAGAGACAGGGAAUUAUGUCAAAGUAAGCAUGGAUGGGGCACCAUAUCUUAGAAAGGUUGAUUUGAAAGUUUAUAAGUGCUACGCGGAGCUCCUCGAGGCUCUGGAGAACAUGUUUAAACUCACUAUUGGUGAGUACUCUGAGAGGGAAGGUUACAAAGGAUCUGAAUUUGCACCGACUUAUGAAGAUAAAGACGGUGACUGGAUGCUGGUUGGUGAUGUUCCCUGGGACAUGUUUAUGUCAUCUUGCAAAAGACUAAGGAUAAUGAAAGGAUCAGAAGCUAAAGGCCUAGGACAUGGUGUCUAAAACAACCUAUAAAACACGGGAGAGUACAACAGAAAUGUGAAUCAGGGAUUAUCCUGUGUGGAGAGACAGCCUUCCAGCUUGGACUUUCGAAGAUCUUAAAUACGCUAUCGUAGCUUGUAUGUAUUACUGGUUUUCCUGUCGGUUUCGACAGGGAAGUAAUAGCAGAAUCUGCAAGUGUUAGAACUUAUAACUUCUCUAAUGAGGUUAUGACAGGUACACUGCUUGUGGUUCUGAAGAUUUGUGAUAUUUGUUUGUAAUGUGAUCUGAUCGGAUCAGAAAUGUGUACAUGCAUCUGCAGCAAUUGUAUAAAUGAAACAUACUCAAGUUCUGAUCAUGUAUAAAUAUUUUUACUGCUGGUCAUUCACUAUGA